CGUACAGUGCAGAAGUGCGACAAUACUAUUUUUUAUUUGCUAUUAAAAAUAAUUGUCAAGAUAUUUUUUAACUAAAUAUAUUUUAUCAAAAUGAAAUAUAAUUUUUUGUAUUUGGCGCUUGGAACUUUCGCAGUUUGUAUCGUAGCGGAAAGUACAUUCGAAUGUCCCAAACCUGAGGGUGAAUAUCCCGAUGAUGUUCAAUGUGAUAAAUACUAUCAAUGUAAUGAUGGCGUUGCAAAAGAAAAACUAUGUCCAGAUGGCUUAGUAUUCGACCCUCUCAAUAGACACAUCAAUAAGUGUGAUCAACCGUUCAAUGUAGAUUGUGGAGACCGUACUGAAUUGCAGGAGCCAAAAUCAUCUAAAUUUUGUCCUCGUAAAAAUGGAUUCUUUGCACAUCCUGAUUCCUCUGUAUGUGAUAUUUUUUACAAUUGCAUCGAUGGAGAUGCGUUAGAAAUGAAAUGUACUGUUGGGCUGCAUUUUGAUGAAUUUGGUGGAACUUGUGUUUGGCCAGAUACUGCAAAACGCGAAGGCUGCGAGGCCCCACAGAAAAAAUCCCCUACCGGAUUUGUAUGUCCCAAGGAUCGCCCAAAGAAUGAUGAUAAAGGUCAAGUAGUUACUCAUCCGAAGUUCCCCCAUCCUACAGACUGUCAAAAAUUCCAUGUCUGCUUAAAUGGUGAAGAUCCUCGCGACCUAGCCUGUCAAUUAGGCGAAGUCUACAAUGAAGAAACGGAGAUGUGUGACGCUCCUGAAAAUGUUCCUGGUUGUGAAGAUUGGUACAAAGAUUCCGAUGAUAAAAAGGAAUAACAAUAGUUUCUAUAACACUUUUUAUACAGCCGUAUGUCAUGUAAAUAUGUAUUUUUUAUGUACCUUCAAACAUUCUUAUAUAGAUUAUUUGUUUUCUAUUCAAAAUCCUGUGGACAUAUACUCUUACCAGACAUGAUGCAUAUGAACAUAUUUUAAAUUAUGAGCCGUUUUAGAAGUAUAUUAUCCAUGGAAAUUGAGUAAUUAAGCCAUAUUUUUUAAUAACUUAGAAAUACAUAAUAAAAAAUGGAAUCAAUAAGA